UAUGUUUGUGGUUUGAACAUGUUUACCUCAUUCAACAACGAGCACUUCAUCAGAGCACCAACACAGCACUUGUGGGAGUGUUUGCUGUUACUAUGGCAACAAUCUUCUUCCUCCUCUUCUUCCUCGCAGGUUUUUCUAUUGCAGACCUAAAAUGUCUCAGAACUUUUGACAUCAUUGAGAAGAAAAUGAAUGUGUCUGAGGCUCGAGCAGCUUGCAGAACAAACUACACUGAAAUAGUCACUGUGUACAGUGAUGAAGAGAACACUGCACUGACUAAUCUGACUAACAUGACUAAUAUCAGUACAGCCUGGAUUGGUCUGACCCACAAACAGUCCAGUAAUAAAUGGUCUAAUGGUGAAGAUGUUACAUUCAGUAAUCUGACAGGGGUCUGUGGGUCAGGGUCCUGGUGUGCUGCUGUGAAGACUGAUGGUUCAUGGGAAAGUCUUAACUGCACAGAGAAAAGAAAUUUCAUGUGUUAUAAACGAGAUACUGACCUCACUCUCAGGUAUCAUUUAAUCUCUGAGAAUAUGAGCUGGUAUGAAGCUCAGAGUUACUGCAGGAAGAACUACACUGACCUGGUCAGCAUCAGAGAUCAGAACCAGAAUGAAGCAGUGAAGACAGAAGGACUGAACAGCAGCACGUCCUUCUGGAUCGGCCUGCUGCGUGAUGACUGGGAGUGGACUGAUGGAGGACGCUCUGCCUACAGAAACUGGGCGACUGGUCAGCCUCGACUAUCAUCAGACUGUGUAACACUGAGAAAAGGGAAAUGGGAAACAGGGCCAUGCAGUAAUACUCGGCCUGCUUUGUGCUACAGCACAUUCAUUCAUGUCAGUUAUGUCACUAUGAGCUGGGAGCACGCUCUGGAUUACUGUAAGAAAGAUAACAGAGCUGGUUUUCUGCGCAUUCAGUCUGAGUCUGACCAGCAAGAGGUGGAGUUUGAGCUCAGGAGGAGGCCUGUCUCUGGAACUUUGUGGGUGGGUCUUGGACAGAGUCAGCUAUUUGGCUUCUGGAUUUGGACUGAUGGGAUUGGUGUGGGUCCCUGGACCAACUGGGCGGAGGGGAGACAACCAGAGCCUCCACUGUCCCACCACUGCGGUGCCAUAGAUACAGAGAAAGGUUUCAAAUGGAGAGAUAAAGACUGUAGAUCUGAAUUCAGAGUCUUAUGUGAAUGCAAAAAAAAAUCUAACUGAUCCUCUUAAAAUGUGCACUGUGUAACACAUACACAA